AAGACCAGUCGAAGGUCGCUCGUCUCUUAGAAAUAAGAACAGAAAAAACAAAGAAACGAAGAAGUAGGCGCUGGUCUCAGUCGGAGGUCCCGUCGCUCGUUGUUCGAUCGUCAACAGCCAUAGAAAUCUGUCACGUAGACACCCUCUCAAGUUGCCAGCUUUGGAUUCACCAUUAAAUCCUAUAAUUUCCAAUCCAGUCAAUAUAUUUAAGUUCAAUUCUGCGUGUCUGUAAGAACUAAAAAGAAGUGACAAUGAGAAGGAGACCUGGAAUUGGUGGCUUACAGACGGCAGCUGCUGCUAGGGAUCAAUACCGGGUGCUUGGAGAAAAUGUAGCCAAGAUUCGAACUGAUCUCAUGAAGGAACAACUAGCCACUUUUCGCUCCCAAUUAGAAGAUUUCGCUCGAAAGCAUAAGAAUGAUAUUCGGAAGAAUCCUGCUUUCAGAUCACAAUUCCAUGAGAUGUGUACAAAGGUUGGAGUAGACCCCUUAGCUUCAAAUAAGGGUUUCUGGGCUGAGCUCUUGGGGAUUGGUGAUUUCUACUACGAACUUGGUGUUCAAAUUGUUGAUAUUUGCUUGGCGACAAGGCCUCACAAUGGAGGUUUGAUCAACUUACAGGAACUCUGCAAUCUGCUUCGUCGAAGGCGAAAGAGUGAUCGAGAGGCUGUCUCUGAGGAUGACUGCCUGCGAGCUAUAAGUAAACUGAAGGUUCUGGGGAGUGGUUUUGAGGUGAUUUCUGUUGGAAGAAAAAAGCUUGUUCGUUCUGUUCCAACAGAGUUGAACAAAGACCAUAAUGAAAUUUUGGAGCUUGCCCAGGCUCAGGGUUUUGUCACCAUUGAUGAAGUCGAAAGGCGGCUUUCUUGGACCUCUGGCCGUGCAACCGAUGCACUUGAUACUUUGCUAGAUGAAGGUCUUGCAAUGAUUGAUGACGGCCAUAGAGAUGGUAGACGCCGAUAUUGGUUCCCCUGCAUUUCUCCUAUUGCAUCAUCACUUGGAGUCGAUUCUUAACAGGUAUGGUAUGGUAUGGUAUGGUAUGGUGUGGUAUGGAGGAGGAGCAUGUAUUUUAAUCUGAUAAGUUUGUUUGGUUAUCAAAAUGGCUCUAUUUUAUGCUCUUGGAAAAUGAUAUUGUCCAUUCCAUUGUAAUAUGUUGAAUAAAAAUGAAGAUAUAUAGUUUUGAAAUGCUGAUGGUUCCGUGGCCUAGCUUAAUCCUUUAGAGGUAUAUCAGUUAAAGUGUCAAGCAUCAAGUUUAAAUGCAUUUCUGCAAUUGUUUAUUGUGA